CUUUCGCCGAUUUUUUUUUGACUUGGGUGGUGAACGUCGCAAACUUGAAUCAAUUUUAGAAGAUAGCUUCGACGCUGCAAUUGAAAAAUCAAAUUCUCUCCGACCUCCGAAACUGAGAAGCGCUGAGAGAGAUAAAUGGCGGCGAAGACGAUGAGGAAGGCGGAGGAGCUGGUGGAGAAGGCGAUGAAAGGAAACGAUGCUUCUCAUGACUCCUGGCACGUGUGGAGGGUCCGAGACCUUGCUCUCUCCAUUGCUCGCGAGGAAGGUCUCUCUUCCAACUCCGACUCCAUGGAAAUUGUGGAACUUGCAGCUCUUCUUCAUGAUAUAGGUGACUACAAGUACAUAAGAGACCCUUCGGAAGAGAAACUUGUUGAGAAUUUCCUAGAUGAGGAGGGUAUAGAAGAGACCAAGAAGACGAAGAUACUAACGAUCAUCAAUGGAAUGGGUUUUAAAGACGAAUUAGCAGGAGUAGCACUCUGCGAAUCUCUUCCAGAAUUUGGGAUAGUUCAAGAUGCUGAUCGCCUUGAUGCAAUUGGCGCCAUAGGAAUUGCUCGUUGCUUUACAUUUGGUGGAAGCAGGAACAGAGUGCUUCAUGAUCCUGAGAUCAAGCCCCGGACAGAGCUAACCAAAGAGCAGUACAUUAAGAAAGAGGAGCAGACUACAAUUAAUCACUUUCAUGAGAAACUCCUCAAGCUAAAGAAGCUGAUGAAAACUGAGGCGGGUAGAAGGAGGGCAGAGAAAAGGCACGAGUUCAUGGAAGAGUAUCUUAAGGAGUUCUAUGAAGAGUGGGAGGGGUCAACUUGAAAAGUUAAGAAUGAUGCAUGAAGAAGAAAAGCAGAGGUUGUGUUCAACCCGGUUUAAAUUAGUAAGAUGUACCUACCAAACCAAUAUGUGGUUUAGGUUUAAAACAGAGUGGCAACUCUAUUUAAAUACCUCGUGAUAACUUUACAUUUAUAAAAUGUUAAAAAUUGA